AUGGAGUCAAUAGAAAGUAUUAGAUAUACAUCUCUCUCUCUCUCUCUCUCUCUCUCUUUCUUUCUCUUUCUUUACUGUCCAUUUCUAUAUCUUCCCUCUCUCUAUCUCUCUUUCUGUCUCUCUUUGCUCGUCAUUCCUCUGUCUCUCCCCCUCUCUCUCUCGAUUUGCUCUCCAUUUAUAUACCUUCCUCUCUCUCUCACUCUUUCUCUCUCUUUACUGUCCAUUUCUAUAUCUUCCCUCUCUCUAUCUCUGUUUCUCUCUCUCUUUGCUCGCCAUUUCUCUGUCUCUUCCCUCUCUCUCUCUCUCUCUCUCGAUUUGCUUCCAUUUAUAUAUCUUCCUCUCUCUCUCUUUCUCUCUCUCUUUCUCUCUCUCUUUCUCUCUCUUUACUGUCCAUUUUUAUAUCUUCCUCUCUCUAUCUCUGUUUCUCUCUUUCUUUGCUCGCCAUUUCUGUCUUGUCUCUCUCUCUCUCUCUCUCUCUCUCGAUUUGCUUCCAUUUAUAUAUCUUCCUCUCUCUCUCUUUCUCUCUCUCUUUCUCUCUCUUUACUGUCCAUUUCUAUAUCUUCCCUCUCUCUAUCACUCUUUCUCUCUCUCUUUGCUCGCCAUUCCUCUGUCUCUCCCCCUCUCUCUCUCUCUCUCUCUCGAUUUGCUCUCCAUUUAUAUAUAUUCCUCUAUCUCUUUCUCUCUCUCUCUUUCUCUCUCUCUCUUUCUCUCUCUCUCUUUCUCUCUCUCUCUUUUUCUCUCUCUUUACUGUCCAUUUCUAUAUCUUCCCUCUCUCUCUUUGCUCGCCAUUCCUCUGUCUCUCCCCACCUCUCUCUCUCGAUUUGCUCUCCAUUUAUAUAUCAUCCUCUCUCUCUCUCUCUCUCUUUCUUUUUCUCUCUUUGCACUCCAUUUCUCAAUCUGCCCCUCUCUCUCUCUCUUUCUCUCUCUCUUGAUUUGCUCUCCAUUUCUAUAUCUUCUUCUCACUUUUCUCUAAUGUUCUCCAUUUCUCUAUCUCCCUCUCUCCCCCUCCCUCUCUCUCCUCUCUCUCUUUAUCUCUCGUUUUCUCAUAUGCCUGAGUUGUAUAAUGGAUAG